AUUGUAGUUCAGGGCUCAGUACACGCAGGCGCAGUAUCCACUAGGUCUAGCUUUCAUCCCUUUGUUUUCAGAGGCACAGAGAGGGAGCUGGACAUUGGAGGGCGAGCAGCCCUUGAUGGAGUCCACAGAUGCCCAGUUGGGAGCCCCUGAUCCCCGCCUGUGUAGGCAGCUGAAGGUGUCAGAGGACAAGCUUGGGGAUGCAAGAAUCCAUCCUAGGAGGAAGCCUACCUGCCCCGAGACCCUUCCCCAGACCUUCUGUGCAGAGACGGAUGAGAAGGAGCCCCUGAUGCCCCAGUAGUUCAGACAUUCUGGCUCAGAAGGCUGACUUGGGAAAACUCAUCCCGGAGGGAAAAUCAAUGGAGGACUCAGACCUCAGUCUUCCUGAGAGAGUUCUGUCUUCCCAAGACUCUGCUCUUCUCCAAGAAAGUACAGUUUCAGAGGAAGGAGGAAUGGUUUCCAGGCUCCUGAUGGCCAGGUCCCAGGUAUCGCUGACAUUCCGGGAUGUGGCCGUGGACUUCUCCCAGGAGGAAUGGGGGCUGCUGGAGCCAGCUCAGAAGGACAUGUACAGGGACGUGAUGCUGGAGAACUAUGAGAACUUCCUCUCCCUGGGUCUUCCCAUUUCCAAACCCAACAUGGUCUCCCAGUUGAAGAGAAGAGAAGCGCCAUUGUGGAUUGCAGAGGGGAAAGUUUCACUGAGUACUUACCUGGGUACCCUUCGUCAGAAGAUGAGAUGUGAAAUCACCCAGUCAGCAGCAAAGCAGUGUGUUUCUAUGGGAGAGUCAUCCAGCAAGAGACUUACAAAGAAUGGUCCCUGGAAUUCUAAAUUGGCAGAAACUUGGAAUUAUGAUUUCAGUUUAGAAAGGCAGAGAGGCAACCAAAAGAGACAGUCCAGGCAAGUAACAAUUACUCGCAGAAAAACUUCCAAGGAAUUGAGUGUUCAUGAAGGUAAUACUUUGUGGAGAAAGCUCAGUCUAGGGUCAGUCCUUGAUACACAGCAGAGAGUUUCUGUAGGAAAAUGUCCCUAUAAAUAUGAUACACUUGGAAAGAACUUUAAACAGUUUUCAGACCUAAUUAAACAUAAUAGAAUCUCCUUGGGUAAGAAAAUGUCUAAGUAUAAUAAAUGCAGAAAGCCCUUCAGCUACCACUCAAAUCUUAUUUAUUACCAUAGAAUGCAUACUCAAGGGAAAGCAUGUAAAUGUAUUGAAUGUGGCAAGGCCUCCAACAUUAACUCAUGCCUUACUGCAAACCAAAGAACUCAUUCUGGAGAGAAACCCUAUAAAUGUAAAGAAUGUGGGAAAACCUUUAGCCGAAAGGGCAACCUUAAAAUACAUAAGAUUAUUCAUACCAGAGAGAACCCAUUUGAAUGUAAUGAAUAUGGAAAAGCCUUCAGGAAUAAUCAAUACCUAAUUCAACAUCAAACAAAUCAUACUGGAGAGAAAUAUUUCCAAUGUAAUGAAUGUGGGAAAGGCUUCAGGAAAAGCUCAUCCCUCAUACAACAUCAAAGAAUUCAUACUGGAGAGAAACCAUUUGAAUGCAAUGAGUGUGGGAAAGCAUUCAGUCAGAAGGGAAGCCUUAAUGCACACCAGAGAAUUCAUACUGGAGAAAAACCCUAUAAAUGUAAAGAAUGUGGACAGGCCUUUAACUGGAUGGGAAACCUUAAUACACAUAAGAAAAUUCAUACUGGGGAGAAACCCUAUAUAUGCAACGAAUGUGGGAAAGUCUUCAGCAGGAAAGGGAGCCUUAUUGCUCACACCAGAAUUCAUACUGGAGAAAAACCUUUUCAGUGUAAUGAAUGUGGAAUCUCUUUUAAAUGGCGUAGAUACCUUAAGGAGCAUAAGAAAAUUCAUACUGGUGAGAAACACCUUGAAUGUAAUCAAUGUGGGAAAGGUUUGAGGAAGACUUCAUCCCUUAUGCAACAUCAAAGAAUUCAUAAUGGAGAAAAACCCUAUAAGUGUAAUGAAUGUGGAAACUCUUUCAACCGGAAGGAACACCUUAAAACACAUAAAAUAAUUCAUACUGGAGAGAAACCUUUUGAAUGUAAUGAGUGUGGGAAAGCCUUCAACCAGAAAGGAAGCCUUAACAUACAUCAAAGAAUUCAUACUGGAGAGAAACCAUAUAAGUGUAAAGACUGUGGGAAAGCCUUCAGAUGGAAGGGAAACCUUAAUACACAUGAGAAAACUCAUACUGGAGUGAAACCCUAUAAAUGUAACGAAUGUGGGAAAUCCUUUAGCCGGAAGGGAAAUCUUAAUGCACAUAACAGAAUUCAUACUGGAGAGAAACCUUUUCAGUGUAAUGAAUGUGGGAUAGCUUUCAAAUGACCUGUAUACCUUAUUGAAUAUAAGAGAAUUCAUACUGGAGAGAAAUCCUUUGAAUAUAAUGUGUGUGGGAAAACCUUCAUAGGAAUACCUUGCUGAUUUUCAGAUAACUAUUUCUGGUAAGAAUGUCCAUAAAAUUAAAAAUAUGACAUAAAUAACUGAAAUAAAACUGUAUAUGACAUACAUGAGAUGCAUAGUAAGAAGUUUGUGAGUUCUAAGGAGGGAAAGAUAAUAUCUGUUAAGGAAUGAGGGCAGUGAAGUUCAGGGAAGUCUUCAUGGAGGAGAGACUUUAUAUAGUGCUAUAUAGAAAAAGUAGGAUUUUAUUAGACACAAAUGGCAAUGGAAGGACAUUAUAGGCUUAGGGGAACACCAUAGGCAAAAGCCUGGAGGCAGGGCAGAGUGGAGAGUUAAAGGGGACUUAGUCAAUAAUCUAAUUUGGCUGGAAGAUAGUGCAUAUAUGAAAAACAAUUAGCGUGCAGAAGAUAGGACUAAAUCUGGAGUCAGGAACUUUACUACUAAGUGACUUUGGGCAAAUAAUUUAACCUUUCUAGGUAAAGGAUUCCUCAUCUGUAAAAUGAAAAUUAGAUAAUGUCUAGUAGCCCUUCCAGGAGACAACAUAGUAUAAUUGAUAAGAGAGCAAGCCUUGAAAUUAGGAUCACCCGAGUUCAAGUCUUAUCCCUGACAUAUACUGACUGUUUGACCACAAGCAAGUCCCUCAGACAACACUCUGAGGCUUAAAAUUACAGAUGUUUCACCAAUAUUCAUCAGUGAAAGGAGUUUCCACACUCAAAAGUUUUCCCCAAAUCAAUGAAAUCUCACAUUUGGCACAAAGUUCCUUCCCAUUCUUUCCAUGAAGGUGCCAUUUUACUUUCAUCUUUUAAUGCCUGGCACCUAGCACAGUGCUUUUCACUUAAUAAGUACUUCAUGAUUCUUUUUAUCAAAUCAAUGAUGAUCCUAUUGGCAGGAUGAGAUGAAGAGGUGUGGUGGUGCCAAUUUAGGAAGGGCUCUGAUUGCCUAGACUAAACAGUGUGAACUUUAUUUGAUAAGUAAUUGGAAGCCACUAAAGAAUUUUGACUACAGGAAGUGAUCAGAAUCACAAGCCAGAUGAAAGUGGCAAUAGCUAAUAUUUAUAUAGCACUUUAAGGCCUUUAAACUUAUGUAAAUGUGUCUAUAUUUGUACAUACAACAAACACACCGGUAAGUAUGUAUGUUUAGCCUCAUUUGGUAUAACAAUCCUGAAGGUGCUAUUAUUAUCUUCACUUUUCAAAUGAGGAAAUUGAGACUAACAAGUUCAAUGACUUCCUGAAAGUUUCAUAGUGUCUAGGGUCAAAGUGUCUAGGGUCCAAUCAACCUCACUUUGUAACAGCAGUAUGAUAUCUGGAUUAGAGAAAGAACUAGGAGGAAAAAGAGCUACUUAAUUAACUAUUGCCACAAUCCAAAUUGUUAUUGGGGGCUUGCAUUAGAGCAUGGGGAGUAGAAAUAGCUCCACACCAGAGUAUAUGUACUACUUUCCCCCACCCUAUCCCUUUUACCUUACUCCACUGCCACUAUACCCCUUGGGAACUACAAACUAUUAGCAACAAAUGGCUCUUUAUUUUGAACUUUUUCUCACAUAUUCCUUCUACCUUGAAAAAGCCCUUUAAGCCACCUGGAGCCCUCUUGUCAUCCUCUGCUAUAGAGGUCUCAUUUUGCUUCUUAAUAUCAUUUAGGGCCAUUGAACUAGAAGGGUCCUAAGAAUCUGUCAACCCCUUUAUUUUAUACUGGAGGAGAGUCUAAGGAUGUUAUAAUGAAGUCCAAGGAGAUCAUUGGAAUUUGCCCCAAUUCUUACUGGUAAUAAGUGUCAGAGGGAGGAUUUCAUUCCAAACUGGCCCUCCAACUUCAGGGUUUCUUUCUAUCAUGAAUGCUUUCGAACCAAGGCUUUACCAACCCUUUCACUAAUUCUCUUCAUUCUAAGAACAUCCCAUCCCAAUUUUCAGCAUUCCUUACAAAUCUUUGCCAUCAUCUGUUGUAGGGCCUGUGGAAGUAUGAAAGCUAUAAUUCAUUUCAAAUUAGCUGAUUUGUAGUAUCUGUGACUGCAAGGGCUGUGAUUCUUCAUUCUGGGAAAUGUAAAUGAAUGAAUGUUGAUUGCUAUGAAAUAUAUGCAUGCAUGAACACAUUUAUACAUAGCUUUAUUAAAAUGUAAGACUUUUCUCCCCUUGGUCAGGUCUUGGUAUAUUGGAAGUACUUUUCUCCUCUGUAAGAAUCUGAGUUAACUUUCCUAUGGUGAAUCCCAAAGGGAAAAGCCAUAAGCUUCACCCAAAGACCUUUGUUUUGUCCUCCAAAGCCAUUGUGGAACUGCCCCCACAUUUUAAAAGGCAGACCUCUUUGGAAGAUAUGCCCAUAUUAACUGGCUACCUAUCCCAUUUUAAUUGUUUAUUGCUUCCUUUUGCUUUCAUUUCUGAAAAUUGCUGAGAAAGUUUCCCAUACUUCUCCAAUGACAACUUUUCAAGUUUCUAUCUAUUCCCAAACAAUCCCACAAUCCUGGGAACCAUAGAUAAGAUGCUACACACACACACACACACACACACACACACACACACACACACACAUUUCUAAACCAACCUUGAGUCAAUCAUAAGUUAGGAUACAAGAGGAGCAUAUAACUUCUUGCUGGAAUCAAUCACAAUUCUUGAACCCUGGAAAAGGAGUGAACAUCUCUUACAUAUAUUAGAAAUGAGAUUUCUUUACAACAGAGAAAGCCAUGAAAUCAGCUUUCAAAGAAAUGCCACACAUCACCAUCAUUCCAAUCUGGAUGCACAUUUGGGAGAUGAUAGUACCAUGGUCUGGUGUCCAGGUGGCUAUUCAGAAGAUGCUUCAAUGCCUGUUUUGGAUGUGUACAGCCUACAUAUGGGCUUUGUCCCUUUUCCUCUCUGGUGCAAACACUGCUUAUCCCAGUAAUUCAUUUGAGGACAUAUUUGCUACCAAAUAGGAAUUGAAAUGGGUAAGAGAAAUUGAUCUAGCCUCAUUUUAAAAUUCCUUGAACUCAGAGAGAACCAUUGAUUAUGUGGUUGUUAUAUGUGAUCCUAAUAUAUGUGCCACUUCCCGGGAGCCACUAAUGCUUUCUUGGAUGGCCAGUGCCACCAUGUUUUGUUUCUCCAUCUUGUACCUGCUCUCAUCUUUGAUUUCAAAUCCAUACUGAUAUAUCUGAUUCUAUAAUUUUAUAGCCUGGACUUUAGGACUACAUGGAUCUGUUUCCACCCCGAGAUCUAAUACUUACUAGCUCCAAUUUCCAAUAAGCACUUCUUAGCCCAUGGAUAAUGGUUGCAAAACUAAUGAGCAUCUUGGGAUUCGUACUUCAUAGAGAUGAACAAUCUUUGAAUUGGAAGGCAGAAUUGAGUUACACUCCAAAGUUCUUAAAGAGACUCACAAUCUGCAGAAGAGAAAUUGAGGGUAGAUAGUUUAGGAAUCUAAAGAGCUGAGCAGCAGCAGUGAGAAUGGAGUCCUAUCCUGGACUUAAUGAAGUAAGCCAUAAUGAAUCUGCUGCAAGGGGCAACAGGAAAAAAAGGAGAAAUUGAGAGUAGGAUUGAACCAUAGUGAAUAAGGAAGAACGAGGAAGGUCAUCAGCUCUACUGGUACUGCUGAGCAAAAGACUCCAGCAGAAGUUGCCAAUUUGACCUACUUCUCAAAGGACAGAAGGAGGAUCCAAUAAAAGUUUUUCCUCAUUCCUCAACGGCCCCUCCAAGUUGCUGUUCAUGAACUGAUUCUAUAACAAUUUGCUUGAUUCUUUAUCCAAAGUUUUCCAAUAACCCAAAUUUUGUUUCAAAUAUAAAGAAUUUGAGGACAGCUACAGAUAAACAUGACUAUAAAUAAAGGCAGAGAGUCAAAACCCCACUUAAAUAUUAGAUAGUUCCCUCACUGGGGUCUCUGUGCAAAUGACUGUAUUCCUAACUUGUCAGUUAAUAUAAACUCCAUGAAACAGCAGAUGAGGGAGCCAUAUGAAUCUAAGAGAUCAUUGUAUUGCCUGUAGGCUAAAAAACAACUUGAUUGUUACAACAAGGUAUAGCUGAGAUUCUAGAGCCAACAUGGGAAGGGAGAAAUGGGUUAUGAUGACUUUUACCUCAUCCUUUACAAUUCCACUGGUCUCAUAGUUGUUAACUCUCACACUUCAAAAUGUUUAUUGAAACUAUUCCAUAUGCUUUUAGGUACCAACAGAAAGUCUAAAUCUCAAGAGAAAAAAAUUAAGAGGAAAUUAGGAAUGAAGUGGGAAUAGCAAUGUUUCCAACCCUCAAAUUAUUCUUUAAAACAGUAAUCAUCAGGGGCAGCGGGGUAGCUCAGUGGAUUGAGAGCCAGGUCUAGAGACAGGAGGUCCUAGGUUCAAAUCUGGCCUCAGAUACUUCCCAGCUGUGUGACCCUGGGCAAGUCACUUGACCCCCAUUGCCUAGCCCUUAUCACUCUUCUGCCUUGGAGCCAAUACACAGUAUUGACUCCAAGAUGGAAGGUGAGGGUUUUUAUUUCAAAAAAAACAAAAACAAAAAAACAAAAAAACCCCAGUAAUCAUCAAAACAAAAGGAAAAUGAUCCAAGCAAAAUAAGAAAGAAUUGGAAACAAAUGAACUUGAGAACCCCCAAAUUAUCUAGAAGAGUACUUGUUUUUUUUUUUUAAAGAACUACUGGGAAAAGCUGGAAAACACUUUGGUGGAAAUAUGGAUUAGACCAAUAUUUUAUGCUAUAUACUCCAAUAAGUUCAAAAUGGAUAUUGAUUUGAAUAUUAUAGAUCAUUACAAAAAACUUAGAAGAAAACUGAGAUAAGGUGCUUAGCUAUGACUAGGGAGAAAGUUCUGAACCAAAAAGGGAUGGUGGCAAUUACAGAAGAGAAUGUCACAUAAAAUAACCUUUCGCAUGAUCAGAAAUAAAUGUAAUUAGGGAAAAGUUUGUAUCAAAUAUUUUUAAUAAAGGUUUGUAUCCAAGGCACAUGAAGAUCUCAUGCAAAUAUAGGUAUCCAUAUACAUAUAUGACAAAGAUCUACAUUAGAUCAAGUGCUAUUCCCUAAUGGAUUUGAUUGAACCAAACAUUUAGUUUUCAGAAGAAUUGUUAACUAUUAAUUAUCACAGAUAAACAUGCAUUAGCUGUGAAAGCUUCAGGAAUUUAUGUUCCAGGCCCUGUAAAGUGGAUCCUGUUGCGACCUUGUAAGAUUGGAGCACCACAAUGCACUCGGUGUAUCUUCAUUGAAAACCAAACUGGAGUCAUCCUGGAUUCACUUACUUUUCAAAGGAUGUAACUUGGCAAACAUCUCCAAAAUAGAACUGUUCCAUCAGCUUUGUACAUUAUUUCUGAGGAUCUUAUUUAGCAAUUAAAUGUUUAAAAACCUGAAAGUCUUU